UCGCAUGAGCAUGGCUGCUCCUGCUGCUGUAGCUGAGCCAUCCACCGGAGACAAGCCAGAAUUUGUAAAUGGACCCACAGAGAAUUCAGCUGAGGACCAGUAACGACCGCAGAUCGGCACUCGCUUCCUCACAGACCCGCAACAGGUGUUUCAGCACAACGCGUGGGAUAAUGUGGAGUGGUCAGCAGAGCAGGAGGCUGCCGCCAGAAAAAAAGUUCAGGAAAACAGUCAACCUCUCCCAGCAGAAAAACAAGUGGAGUUUGACAGCAGGGCCAAUGAGUACUGGAACGAUUUCUACACCAUUCAUGAGAACUUCUUCAAGGAUCGCCACUGGCUCUAUACAGAGUUCCCUGAGCUGGAACCUCAACAGAAGGCUCCACCGGACACUGGAGAGAAGGAAACCACAGAUCAAGAUCAGAAACAUUUAUUAAAUGAUGGAGAUGCUCCCUUGUCUGACAGUUACCGAAUUUCCAGGGGCACCUGCAUCCUGUCGUAUCCUAGAGUUGAAUCCAGAGUAUGACCGGUCUCGUUGUCACGCCUUCGAUCAUGAUGUGAGUGACGUGUCAGCAAAGUAUCCGAUGCCAGACCAGAGCCUGGAUAUCAUUGUCCUCAUAUUUGUGCUGUCUGCCCUGCAUCCUCAAAAAAUGCAGAGCUCUAUUAAUAGAUUAGCACGAUUGCUGAAACCCAGAGGACUGCUUUUAUUGAGAGACUACGGCCGCUACGACAUGGCACAGCUUCGUUUCAAAAAAGUUGAGCUGCAUGAUCUGUUCUCAAGUGCUGGCCUGGAGAAGGUACAGAACUUAGUGGACCGGCGCUUACAGGUGAACAGAGGAAAGCAGCUGACCAUGCUCAGAGUUUGGGUACAAUGCAAAAUGAUGAGCCAUUUUAAGGAUGAUGGAAAGGUUGCAACAGCUUAGAGGAUUGCAGUGCUAUAUGAUAUGAUAUGGAAGGAUGACCAUGCUGAAUGCACUGACCCUUAUGUAGCCUGCUGGGAAAUGUCAAUGGAGGACUUCAGAUCCCAUGAUGCACCAGUGGACUCCAACCUGCUGUCCAUCACACUCAGUGAUGUUUUUUUAAGACUUUUAUUUUAAUCUUACUAAUAAACUACACGAUGGUGUUAAAAAAAUGCCAAAGCGUCUCUCUGAUUAUCAACCUGAGGGCAACUGAGGGCACUUUACAUCUCUAUUUUUUCCCCCCCUUUAACCAUCAGUUACUGGCUGUCGAUUACUCCUAGGAUUACUCCUUAUUCUUGUUAUUUUUGGUGUCAAUAAGAACUUGAAUUGAUGUUUAAUUGCUUUUUGACUUUUCGCUUGCCUUUUGGCAUUCAACAAUUACUAGACAAAUAGGACCCAUCAAAACAUAUUAGUGUUACUAUUAGCUAUAAAUUACAUGACAGACCUGUGUUUAACUUUUCAACUGAACUAACUGGCAUGUAGGACGUGUAUUACAAUUAUUCAUUUGGCUGUAAACUGUGAACUUAUGAUUUGGAAGAUCUAUUUUCCUUGUACUUUGACUUUGUACUUUUGGGGCGGCUGUGGGUCAGGCAGUAGAGUGGGUCGACUGCCAGUCGCAAGGUUGGUGGUUCGAUUCCCGGCCCACAUGACUCCAUGCCGAAGUGUCCUUGGGCAAGACACUGAACCCCAAGUUGCUCCCAAUGGCAGGCUAGCGCCUUGCAUGGUGUGUGUGUGUGUGUGUGUGUGUGUGUGUGUGUGUGUGUGUGUGUGUGUGUGUGUGUGUGUGUGUGUGUGUGUGUGUGUGUGUGUGUGUGUGUGUGUGUGUGUGUGUGUGUGUGUGUGUGUGAGAGAGAAAAUGGGUGAUUGGAACACAGCGUAAGUGCUUUGGUAACCUCUAAGGUUAAAAAAAGCGCUAUAUAAGUGCAGACCAUUUACCAUUGUCCACAUGCACUGCAACAUCUGAUAUGAUGCCAAUAUGAGUAACCACAUAAACAAUCUAACCUGGUUGUAAUAAAGGACCCUUUUUCGAUCUAGGUGUUUUUCACUUCCAUAAUUUCUAAACACUUUAUCCUACAUCAUUGUUCCCAAAUAUUCAUGUCUGCUCAAUACAUCCUUACAAGUAAGCUUAAUUGGACACCAAAUGCAUG